GCCGCGGGUGCAGCCGCUCCCCCUCCUGGCCCCCGCCCCUCACCCGCCCAGGUGCCCGGAUGCGCCAGCCCGGCCGCCAUCUUCCCUGCUCGGCUCAGGGACCCGCGCCACUCGACGAGCGCCCGCCCCGCCGCAGACCCCGGCCCGCGCCGCCGCCGCCGCCCCCGACAUGUCGGCCCCCGCCGCCGCGCCCCCCGCCGCCGGAGGAGAAGGGGGCGGCCCCCCCCCACCGCCCCCCAACCUCACCAGCAACCGGAGGCUGCAGCAGACCCAAGCCCAGGUGGACGAGGUGGUCGACAUCAUGCGGGUGAACGUGGACAAGGUGCUGGAGCGGGACCAGAAGCUGUCGGAGCUGGACGACCGGGCCGACGCCCUGCAGGCCGGCGCCUCCCAGUUCGAGACCAGCGCCGCCAAGCUCAAGCGCAAGUACUGGUGGAAGAACCUCAAGAUGAUGAUUAUCCUGGGGGUGAUAUGCGCCAUCAUCCUGAUCAUUAUCAUUGUUUACUUCAGCACUUAAUGGACCCUCGGAAGCCAAAGCCCCCCCUCCCUCCCCCCAAAGGAGCUGCGGCCGGGAGAGGCGCGAGGGGCUGCGACCCCCCCCUCCCAUGAUCUCAGCCAUAUCUUCCAGCCUCCCCCCCCUUCUCCCCCGGGCCCCCCCGUGGCGUGUGUGUGUGUGUUGAGGUGCGUGUGGCCGUCCUGUAUAUAGGCUAACUUAUUUAUACAUAUAUACAUAUUCUAUAUUUUGUCUGUUUGUAGAUUUAUUACUAGAUUUACAGCUGUCAUGGACCCCCCCCCCCCCCCCAAUACCUGCUCCCCACCGGUGUUUUCAGUGUCUACUGAUUUAAUUUAAAUAUUUUAAGGACCAAUUCCCCCCCCCCCCCUAAAAAAAGUAAAAUAGGGGGAACCCAGAAGCCUGAGAAACUCAAGCGCCCCCCCCUACCCCCCCGCCCUUUCAGAGCGAUGCCGAGCAACGCGAGAGCCGGGUCCCCCGGCUUGGCUAUGUCUCGGCGCCUGUAUAAACAGCCGCCCCACCCCAGAGAUGGCCGCAUCUCAGUGCCGGGCGAGGGGUCCCGGGAUAACCAGCCGCCCCGCCCCAGAGGUGGCUGCAUCUCAGUGCCGGGCGAGGGGUCCCGGGAUAACCAGCCGCCCCACCCCAGAAGUGGCCACAUCUCAGUGCCGGAUGAGGGGUCCCUGUAUAACCGUCACCCCGCCCCAGAGCUGGCCGCAUCUCAGUGCCGCAUGAGGGGUCCCUGUAGAACCGUCACCCCGCCCCAGAGCUGGCCGCAUCUCAGUGCCGCAUGAGGGGUCCCCUGGAUAACCAGCCGCCCUGCCCCAGAGAUGGCUGCAUCUCACACCAUGCAAAGGGGGGGUGUCAUAAGUGUCUUUACCUUCCUCUUCUCCCCCCCACAUCCCGAUCCACCCCCCUCCCUGACCUUGUGAGGUUUUGUAACAUUCCUGGAUCUGUACUGUGCAAUCUGGCUUUGGGGGGGGCUGGGGGUUGAUCUUCCUACCCCCCCCCCCACACCUCAUGUGUGGGAGGGGGCAGUGCUGUCACACCCCCAGCUCCAAGCCCUUUAAGAGUCUUAGGGUGGGUUGCAUGGGGAAGGGGGGAGCCCCUAAAUCCACCCCUCCCCCAUGGCCCAGCGGUUCCAGCUUCUCUCCUCUGGGGGUGGAGGGAGGGGGCAGGCUGGCUCCCCAUUAACUGUCUGUCUGACCCCAGAGAGCCCCCCACCCAGCAGCAGGGCCCAGGCCUGGCUGGGGCAGGGGGCUCGGUGAUCCCGUAGCGGGGGGGGCUGGAUAAAUCUUGUCUUGGGCGAGGGGAGAAGCAGGCACAGCCCAGAGCCAGCGACCUCCUUCCCCCCACCCCACCUCCCCCAGAGUGUGGGCACAGAGGGGGCAUUCCCCUCCCCCACCCGCUAAUGGGGGGGGGUUCCCCUGGUGGCCAGCAGGGGGCGAUCCCUGAGCAGCUCUGCAACGUAUCCCUGUGUCGUGUGAUGAGUGACCCCCACCUUGCCCUGUCCCCCUCCCCCAGCCCCUCGAGGCAGUCAUCUGUAGCAUUAAACCUUCCCUGCUAGCCCCAUAGCGCUAAACCUCUCCCAGCUCCGAGACAGCCCCAUAGCGCGACCCCUCCCCCCGCCAGCCCCAUAGCGCGACCCCUCCGCCCGCCAGCCCCUACAGAACGAUCCCCCCCCACACACACACCCACUUAGGAGAUAUGACGUGUGACUGUGUCCCUCUGGACUCUCCGUGCCGAGCGCUCGCUGGGGGGGGGCGGAUUGGGCCCCCCCUGCCAGCUGGGAGGGACAUAGGCGCGGGGUCCCCUGCGAGGCCCGUUUUGGAGGGCGCAGCCUGGCGGGUCCUCUGCUCCCCAUCUGGAGGGAACGCGGGCGCAAAGGACCUGGCUGGCUCUGCCCCCUGUGAGGCUGGCUUGGCAGCGGGGUGCCCCGGGGGUCCCUUCAACCAGGCUGCGUGGAUUGUGAACUGCUGGGGAACAGAGAGUGAGGGCCGGGGGCAGAUCCCAGGCUGUGUUUUCCUUGAGCCGGGGGGCAGGUGUCACUGCUGCCCCUCGGCUUUGCGGGCACAGGGUCCACCGUGCCCCACGGUGGGACCAGUGCCCCCUAAUUCUAAAGACACCUGGGAUGAGGGUGGAGGGGGGGCAGAGCUGGCUGGAUUCCCCUAGACCUAGCUGGAGGGAGGAGGGGGUCGGUCUUGCCCCCCACACGCUCCCCAGCAGCAGGCGGGGGGCGAGGCACCCCCUGGAGGGAAAGGGGAGUGACUUUAUGCUGUGAAAAUGUACAAUAAAUGUCCUGUGGAGAAAGCCCAA